GCUGCGUCAGGGGCGGGGCGGGGCGGCGGCGGCCCCGGUGCCGGUGGCGGUCCCGGUGCCAUGGCGCUGUCGCCCUACGUGCAGGCCAUGCAGGAGCUGUUCCGCGCCAACACGCGGAGCCGCGAGUUCCCGGCGCACGGCGCCAAGGUGCACUCGGUGGCCUGGAGCUGCUGCGGCCGCCGCCUCGCCUCCGGCUCCUUCGACAAGACCGCCAGCGUCUUCCUGCUCGAGAAGGACCGGCUGGUGAAGGAGAACAACUACCGCGGCCAUGGGGACAGCGUGGAUCAGCUCUGCUGGCACCCCAGCAACCCUGACCUCUUCGUCACGGCGUCUGGGGACAAAACCAUCCGCAUCUGGGACGUCCGCACCACCAAGUGCAUCGCCACUGUCAAUACCAAAGGGGAGAAUAUCAACAUCUGUUGGAGCCCUGAUGGACAGACCAUUGCAGUGGGGAACAAGGAUGAUGUAGUCACUUUCAUUGAUGCCAAGACACAUCGCUCCAAAGCUGAGGAACAGUUCAAGUUUGAGGUGAAUGAGAUCUCCUGGAACAACGAUAACAAUAUGUUCUUCCUCACUAAUGGGAAUGGCUGCAUCAACAUCCUCAGCUACCCGGAGCUGAAACCCAUUCAGUCCAUCAACGCUCACCCUUCAAACUGCAUCUGCAUCAAGUUUGAUCCCAUGGGGAAGUACUUUGCUACGGGCAGUGCUGACGCCUUGGUCAGCCUCUGGGAUGUGGAUGAACUGGUGUGUGUCAGGUGCUUCUCGAGGCUUGACUGGCCUGUGCGAACACUGAGCUUUAGCCACGAUGGGAAGAUGCUGGCAUCAGCAUCAGAAGAUCAUUUCAUUGACAUCGCAGAGGUGGAGACAGGAGAGAAGCUCUGGGAGGUGCAGUGUGAGUCCCCCACCUUCACAGUGGCCUGGCACCCGAAGCGGCCGCUGCUGGCCUUCGCCUGCGACGACAAGGAUGGCAAAUACGACAGCAGCCGCGAGGCUGGCACCGUCAAGCUCUUUGGGCUCCCCAAUGACUCCUAAUGGAACCACACCAGGAGAGGCAACGCCUCCCUACUCUUGGGGAUGGGAGGAGAGUGUUUAGUUAGUGUAGGACAAGCACUGCCUGCGUGGCAGUGCUGCAGCGUUUGGCUCAGCUCUGUGUGUGUGGCUCUCAGGAGCUUUUAUAACAGAGCAGCUUGUGUGCUGGGGAGCAUAGGGGGGGAUGCUAGCAGAGCCCCCCCUUAUGGUCUGAGGCAGUGAUGAGCUACGUGACUGUCCCCUUGUGCCUGACAGCCUGCUGGCGAGGGCAGCCCUGGGGGCACAGCCUGCCCCUUCCCCUCCUGGACAUCCUAUGUCCCUUCCCCACACUGCAGCAGCAAGGGGAAGGUGGGGGGAUGAAAGCUGGGGGACAUUUCCCCAUCUGGGGUUUUGUUUUUUGGUUUUUUUUUUUUGUAUCUUUGUUUUUUGUAAUUUUGAUAAAUCCUCUUCCAUAAUGAA